CUCCGAGUACACAAGACUGAUAAGAGAGGAGAGGACUGCGCGGAUACAUUUCGCAAUCUAUCUCUCGCUCGCAACACUCGGUUUCCGGGUCCGCCUCCCUCGCUCGCCCAACGAGCGGCCCGGAGGGACCUCGCAGGAUCCGCCCCACCGGCCAUGGCAGCGACCGCCAGGCUGAAUCUUCUCCUGCGGCACCUACACCCCGACCUUAAAGCCUCUCCCACAUCAGCAGAAGUAACUUCGCAUUCUUUUCCUGGAAAGCUCCGCUACAUUUUGGAAAACCCUCAUCUCAUCCCUGAGCAGAGGCAGUUUUAUGAGGAAAACGGAUUCCUUCUUGUUAAGAAGUUGGUUUCUGAUGAAAACCUGGAAACGUUUCGAGAGGAGUUUGAAAGGAUCUGUCAGAAGGAAGUUGUGGUCCCUGGAUUAACAGUGAUGAGAGAUGUAGUCAUUUCGAAAUCUGAGUAUGUUCCAGAUCACCAGGCUGUUUCCAAGAUCCAAGAUUUCCAAAACAAUGAAAUCCUUUUUAGGUACUGCUGCCUACCAGAGAUCUUAAAAUAUGUGGAGUGCUUCACUGGUCCCAACAUCAUGGCAAUGCACACCAUGCUGAUCAACAAGCCUCCUGACUCGGGAAAGAAGACUUCGCGGCAUCCGUUGCACCAGGAUCUGCAUUACUUUCCAUUCCGGCCUGCGGCCCAGAUCGUAUGUGCCUGGACUGCCAUGGAGAAGGUGGACCGCAACAACGGCUGCCUUGUGGUGCUGCCGGGGACACACAAGGGCAGCCUGAAGAAACACGUUUACCCCGAUUGGCCGGGUGGCGUCAAUAAGAUGUAUCAUGGCAUCCACGAUUAUGACCCCAGUCAUCCCCGGCUUCACCUGGAAAUGGAGAAGGGUGACACUGUGUUCUUUCACCCUCUACUCAUCCAUGGAUCGGGAACCAAUCAGACUCGUGGCUUCCGAAAGGCAAUUUCCUGCCACUUUGCCAGUGCAGAUUGCAGUUACAUUAACGUGAAGGGUACCAGCCAGGAGAAUAUCGAGGAAGAGGUUCUUGAAAUAGGAAAGAAGAAGUACAACCUUGACAAGGAUGUGUCUUUGGCGGACGUCUGGUGUUUCAAAUCGCGUCUUGUACAAGGAGAGAGAACCAAUUUGUGAAAUCGUCCUGACCUGAGUAACCACUAGAGGACGCUGUGCUUGUGCGCCACGCACCAUGACAGAUUAAUUAAUUUUCUUCUGCAAAUGAUAAUGUUCACUGCACUUUCAAUAUACUCUGCAUGUUUAAGAACCGCCUUCAAGAGUUAAUUCCUAUAAUUGUAGAGUAACACACACAAAGUGCUGGAGGAACUCAGCAGGUCAGACAGCAUCCAUGGAUGGGCAGCAACUCAACAUUUCGAGUUGAGACCCUUCUUCAGGAUAAAGACUCGGCCCAGAAGGUCAACUGUUUGUUCCUUUCGAAAGAUGCUGUCUGACCUGCUGAGUUCCGCCAGCAUCUUGUGUGUGUUACUCCAGAUUUACAGCAUUUUCAGGAUCUCUUGUGUCAAUAUUUGUAGCAUCAUUUACAAUCCAAAGGUACAGUAAAACUCCAAUAAUCCAGCAGGGUUGGGACAUUGGUGUCAGACUGACCGGUUUUCUCAACUAUUUGUAAAACACCCCAGAAUACUUUCAGUUCACUUUUAAGAUUUGCAUUGAAUUAUAAAUAUUUGCGAGUGGAGGCCCGAUGUCUGUCAAUCAGCUAGUUCGUGCUGGAGACAGUAGAUUGGCAGCCUGCCCUGGGGUUGGAGGCCUGACUCUGUGUGAGUGAGUGGAUGGUGUAUGGAUGGGAGAAAGGAAAGCAGUUUUUUUCCCUGUCACUGAUUAAAGAUUAGCUUUUAUUUGUCACUUGUACAUCGAAACAUACAGUGAAAUGCGUCGUUUGUGCCAAAUCAAAUCAGCGAGAAUUGUGCUGGGCAGCCCGAAGUUGUCAGCAUGCUUGUGACGCCAACAUAGCAUGGCCACAGCCUAAUCCGUCUGUCUUUGUAAUGUGGGAGGAAACCAGAGCACCUGGAGGAAACCCACGCAGUCACAGGGAGAACGUACAAACUCCUUACAGACAGCGGUGUGAAUUGAACACCAAUCAGUGAUUGUUGGAAAGUGAUUCCACUAACCACUACACUGCACUGCAUUUGAUCCAUUGCUAUCGCUGCAUGUCUUGUUCUGUUGAACAUUGUGGGCAGGCUAUGUUGGCACCGGAACACAGCACAUCCUUAGGUUGUGUUAGUUAUUAACGCAAAGGAUGCAUUUCAAUGUACAUAUGAUAAAUAAAUGAGUCUCAAAUUUCCAACAAAUUGAAUUUAAAGGGAGUACAGCCAAUGUGGUCCUGGUGAGUUUGAAAUGAGUGCAGGAACCAAGGCUCCAGUAACCAUUUGCUGAACCAGCCAUAUCCUAUCCACGGUCAUAUAGCGGAUUAUCGGAGUUCUACUGCACUCGGUCGGAUGUUCUUUAAGUUGGCUUUAGUUCAGCUGAUUGCACACUAUCACCAAUUUUAAUUGCACUUGUGUUGAUGGAUUUUAAUCCUUAAUUAUAUUGUGUUUUACAUUUUCUGUUCCACGUUAAUUUAAUACUGUUCAGUUUAGAAUAGUUUGAAAUGAUUCUUGCAGUGUAGCAUGUGAUCUUCCGCUGAAUGAUCAUAUAUAAAUGCCUUUGAAUCAA